UUCAAGCCCCCCUUCUAAAUAAAGAAUAUAUGCUUUAACAAUGGAUUCGCUACAUAAUAUUAAAGCAUAUAUUCUUCUGCAAUUAGUUAAAAAUGACAGUUUUCAUUGUUAAAAAACAAUGGAUUUGAACAGAUACGAUACAGUAACAAGCGGUUAAUGGGGUUUCGGUUCUUAAGAAGCUGUUGAAAAUGCAGUUAUUGACAGUGUCAAAAGAUACAAAGGGCAAUAUGUUUGUUUCUUGUACCCUUCAUAUUUUGGUUUUAGCAAAUGUUGAAUAUCAAAUUUGGUGAUUUUUUUGUAAGUAUGGGAGGAUGUUCUUCUGUGGAGAAGAAGAAAUUUGCAUGGCCUAAAGAUGAUUUAAUAGAUUUGAUCUUAUCAUGGUCUAUUAAAGAUAUUAUUGAUGAGAACUUUUAUCAAAAACAGGUAGAGAAGAUCCCACAAUCAUUUGAAACGGUGGAUCAUUACUUGAGUUCUUUCGACUUCCCCUUACUGGAAGAAGCGCGAGCAGACAUUGCUGCUUCGCUGAAUGACAUAGACAAAUCACCGUUUGCUGAAUUGAUCGUGUUUGAUGAAGUAAAGGCAGAUAGAUCGUUGGUGUUUGAUGUUAAGGUCGACUACUGGAGGAACAGAUGUAGUAGUGAUGGUCGGGUUCCUUAUAGUACAUCUCCCGGAGAUCUUGUUGUUAUCUCAAAUGCGAAACCUGAAGCUGCCAGUGACCUGCAGCGAUUUGGAUAUUGGACGUUUGCAUAUGUUACUGAUGUCAAUGAGAAUAGGAAUGAGAAUGAGGACGAUGAUAGUUUUAGAGUUCGAGUUCCUCCAAGUGGAAUUGUUAAGGGAAUGCGACGAUCGUUGCAUAUAGUGUUUUUGGUAAAUGUGAUGCCGAUCAGCAGAGUAUGGAGUGUGUUGCGUAUGAGAAAGAAUUUGAAUCUACUCAAGAAAGUCUUGUGCCCUGCGCACGAGAAACGGAUCGAACUGAAAUGUGAUGUUUGUUCCGCAUCCACUAAUGAUGGACCGGUUGGAGAAGCUGCAUGUAAUCUGUUAUCCAAGUUGAAUGAUUCCCAAGCUAACGCGAUCUUUAGAUGCCAUGCCGCCGUGAAAUGUCACCACAAGGCAUCCGUUGAACUUAUUUGUGGUCCACCUGGUACUGGAAAGACUAGGACACUUAGUGUAAUGCUCGUUACGCUGCUCCGAAUGAAGAGUAGAACUGUUACUUGUGCCCCAACUGAUGCAGUAACAGCCCGAGUUGCUUCCCAGUUGCUUAAACUGAUCCGAGAGUCAUCAACGAGUAAAUUUGAUGGUUUUUGUCCUUUGGGUGAUAUUCUCUUGGUUAUAAAUAAGAACUCUGUGGAUGGUGAAGAUGUCGCGGAGAUUUCCCUCGAUUAUCGUGUCGACAUGCUGCGAGAUUGCUUUGCACCAGCGACUGGUUGGAAUUGCUGUAUAAGUUCUAUGAUUAGUCUUCUGGAGGAACUCAGUGAGCUAGAGGAAGCUCCAAUGAUAAAGGUGAAAAUCAACUCAUUGGUAGAUUAUGCGAAAUGUCGAGUUUGUUCAACAGUUUCUUCUCUGCGGAGAUGCAUGCUUACAAUGUGUACACAUGUACCUAUACUUUUUCUUCGAGAUGAAAACGUUGAAAGAAUGGUGCGAGCUCUCUCCCUGCUCGAUUCUCUCGAGGGGAUGCUAUCUCAUAAGAAGUUUGGUUCUAAAGAACUCGAGGAGCUCUUUUCUUUAAGUAGCCAGUGCGGUGUUCUGUUGAAAGAUAUUCAGCGAUCUCUCGGGACACUGAAUUUUCCGAGCAGUAAGGGCCAGAUAAUGGAGUUCUGUAUCCAAAUGGCUUCUUCAUUUUUCUGCACUGCUUCGAAUUCUUAUAAGCUACAUUCGGUGAAUGUGAAGCCAUUUGACUUAUUGGUUGUCGAUGAUGCCUCCCAAAUGAAGGAGUGCGAAGCAGUUAUACCCCUUCAACUUCGAGGUUUGAGGCAUGUUGUUCUUGCUGGAGAUGCGUUCCAACUGCCAGCGAUAGUGAAGAGUAGAAUUUCUCGUGAAGCUGGAUUCGGAAGGAGCUUGUUUGAAAGACUCGGUUCGUUAGGUCAUGCUAAGCAUCUGCUUAACAUACAGUACAGGAUGCAUCCUUCAAUAAGCCAGUUCCUGAAUUCAAUUUUUUAUCGUAAGCAAAUCCUUGAUGCACCUGAUGUAAAGCGUAAAGCCUAUGAGAAAACAUAUCUUUCAGGACCGUGUUUUGGCCCAUAUGCUUUUAUAAAUGUACCAUGGAGAGAGGAAGAACUGGAUAAUCUUGGACAUAGACGAAAUUUGGUUGAGGUUGCGUUGGUAAUGCAAAUAGUGCAGAGCUUGUUCAAAGCUUGGAAUACCUCUGAGAAGAAACUCAGCGUUGGUGUUAUAUCACCGUAUGCUGCUCAAAUUUUCGCCAUACAAGAUAGAAUUGGGCAGCGGUAUAAUAACCACCCUUAUUUCGAUGUUAAUGUGAGGACAAUUGAUGGAUUUCAGGGAGGGGAAGAAGAUAUUGUAAUAAUAUCUACAGUGAGAUCUAAUCGUGCUGGAUCCAUAGGCUUCUUGUCUAAUCUUCAUUGGACUAGUGUCGCAUUGACCAGGGCUCGGCACUGUCUCUGGAUAUUGGGCAAUGAGCAAACGUUACUGAAUAGCCACUCGAUUUGGGAAGCGCUAGUUCUUGAUGCCAAGGAUCGUCAAUGCUUCUUUCAUGCGGACAGCGAUGCCAACAUGAGGAAGACGAUUUUAGAUGUCAAGAAAGAACUUGAUCAAAUGGAUGAUUUACUAAGCGGGGAUAGUGCUCUAUUCAAAGAACAAAAAUGGAAGGUUGCAUUCAGCGAUAAUUUUAGAAAAUCAUUUCAAAAGUUGGCGUCCUCGUACUUGAGAAAGUACGUGUUAACUCUCCUGGUUAAGCUUGCAAGUGGAUGGAGACCGAAGAGAAGGAACGUGGAGUUAGUGUGUGAAAGCUCGUCUCAGGUGGUAAAGCAGUUCAAGGUAGUUGAAGGGCGUUAUAUCGUUUGUACUGUUGAUAUACAGAGAGAGUUCUUAUAUACACAAGUUCUAAAGGUUUGGGAUAUAUUGCCUUUGGAGGAGGUUCCGGGUUUUUUAAGAAGACUCGAUGCAAUAUUUUUGAUGUAUACUAAUGAAUUCAUCGGUCUCUGUAAGAAGAAGUAUUUCGAGGGGGAUUUGGAAGUCCCAAGGACUUGGAGGAUUCUUCGUGUUGUUCAGUAUAAGAGGGAUACUGAGAGCAAAUUGAACCGUGAUUCUGGAUGUGUUGAAAAUUCGAGAGUGAGUGAGAGCUUGUUGUUGAUGAAGUUUUACUCCUUAUCAUCUGGUGUCGUCAACCAUUUGCUCUCUGAUCGCCACGGAGAAGAAGUUGAUAUCCCUUUCGAAGUUACCAAUGAAGAGAGGGAGAUAAUCCUUUUCGAUAAAAGCAGUUUCAUACUUGGCCGCUCGGGGACUGGGAAAACUACCGUGCUGACAAUGAAGUUAUUUCAAAAGGAGCAACAACACCAUAGUUCCAUUCAAGGGUUAAGCGUAGCAGAGGGAAAUGAGUUAAGUCAAUACGCAGAGGAAAUGAGAAUUAUGUCAUACAAGAAAAAUGAAGAGAGUCGGUAUAUCGGAGAGACUAGCAGGACUACCUUGCACCAGCUAUUUGUGACAGUUAGUCCUAAACUAUGUUACGCGGUCAAUAAACAAGUUUCUCAGCUGAAAAGAUUUGCUCUUGGUGGAAGUUUCUGGGCGGAAAGCAGCUUUGAAACCGAUGAUUUGGAUGGAAUGACGCAGUUUAGGGACAUACCGAAUUCUUUUACUGACGUUCCAUGCAAAAAGUACCCUCUUGUGAUCACAUUCCGCAAAUUCUUGAUGAUGCUUGAUGGUACUGUAGGAUCAUCGUACUUCGAUAGAUUUAAUGUGAAGUGGAAACUUUCGAAGGACAAAAGCUUGAGGUCGGUUGCCGUAGAAACAUUCAUAAGAGAUAAUGAAAUCAAUUAUGACCGUUUUUGUUGCUUGUAUUGGCCGCACUUCGCAAGUCAAUUGUCCAAGAAUCUUGAUCCUUCGAGGGCCUUUACCGAAAUAAUGUCUCACAUAAAAGGCGGGCUACAUGCUGGGGAUUUUCGUGAUGGGAAGCUUAGCCGUGAUGCUUAUGUUUCUAUGUCUGAAAAUCGUGUCUCCAAUUUAAACGCAGAAAAGAGGGUGCGCAUUUAUGAUAUUUUCCAAGCUUACGAAAAGAUGAAGAUGGAGCGCGGUCAAUUUGAUAUGUCUGAUUUAGUCAAUGAUCUUCAUCUUCGACUAAAAUGUCAUCGUUUGGAUGGUGACAAAAUGGACUUUGUAUAUAUCGAUGAAGUUCAAGACCUAUCGAUGAGACAACUUGCUCUUUUCAAAUACAUUUGCAGAAAUGUGGAUGAAGGGUUUGUUUUCUCUGGGGAUACCGCACAGACGAUAGCGAGGGGGAUUGAUUUUAGGUUUGAGGAUAUAAGAAGUUUAUUCUACACUGAGUUUGUCAUGAACUCAAAGGGUGACACCAGAAGAAACGAUAAAGGUCAUCUGUCACGUGUUUUUCAGUUGCUUCAGAACUUCCGUACACAUACCCGUGUACUCAAACUUGCUCAGAGUGUCAUCAAUCUACUUGGUCAUUAUUUCCCUCAAUCUGUUGACGUCUUGCAGGCGGAGACAAGCUUUAUAGAUGGUCCAGCUCCAGUGUUGCUCAAGCCCGGAAAUGGUGAAAAUUCUAUUUUAACUCUUUUCGGGAACAAGGGGAAUAACAGUGGCAAAAUAGUGGGCUUUGGUGCUGAACAAGUAAUAUUAGUACGCGAUGAAUCUGCAAAGCAAGAAGUCUUUCGUUAUGUUGGGCAGAAGGCUCUUAUUUUGACCAUAAUUGAAUGCAAAGGGCUCGAAUUUGAGGAUGUACUCCUGUACAAUUUUUUUAGCUCAUCGCCACUUGGAAAUCAGUGGAGAGUCAUUUAUGAGUUCAUGAAAGAACGAAGCCUAGCCGAUUUGUCCUUCCCAAGUUUCUCUGAUGCAAGACAUAAUAUCUUGUGUUCUGAACUGAAGCAACUUUACGUGGCUAUUACUCGAACUAGGCAGAGAAUGUGGAUCAGUGAAAGCGUAGAAGAGUUUUCUAGGCCUAUGUUUGAUUACUGGCAAAUAUUGUCUCUCGUGGAAGUAAAGGAUGUUGAUGAUUCACUCGCAGAUACUAUGCAAACUUUUAGCACUCCGGAGGAGUGGAAGUCAAGGGGAAUGAAGCUAUUUUGGGAGAAAAAUUAUGAGAUGGCACUGAUGUGUUUCAAACAAGCGGGAGAAGUGGAUUGGGAGAAAAGGGCAAAGGCAACUGGUAUCGUGGCAACUGCUGAACGAAUUCGUUAUUCAGAUCCCGAAAAGGCUCGCACUUAUCUUCUGGAGGCUGCUCAGAUCUUUUAUUCUAUUGGCAGAUUUAAGUCUGCAGCGGAGUGUUUUUACGACUUGAAAGACUAUAAACAAGCAGGAAAUAUUUUCUUGGACAAGUGUGGUGAACUGAUAAAGGCUGCUGACUGUUUUCUACUGGCCGGCCGUUAUAAGCGGGCAGCAGAAGUUUAUGCUAAAGGAAAUUAUUUCAAAGAGUGCCUAUCAGCCUGUACCAAAGGAAAAUGCUACGACUUAGGUUUGAAAUAUAUCGAAAACUGGAAGCAACAGUGUAAUGAUGUUGGGAAAAGUGCUGUCGAUAUUGAUGAAAUCGGGAUGGAGUACCUGGAGAGUUGUGCAGCUAAUUAUUUUGAGCUUAAGGACGGAGAAUCUAUGAUGAAAUUUGUCAAAGCUUUCCCAACGAUGGAAAUGAAGCGGAAGUUCUUAAUGUCUCGAAAAUGCCUUGAUGAGUUGCUUCUUUUAGAACAAGAAUAUGGUAACUUUGCUGAAGCAGCAGAAAUAGCACGGUUGAAUGGAAAUAUACUUUGUGAAGCUGAUCUUUUGGGGAAGGCUGGGGAUUUCGAUAAGGCGUGCUCACUCAUCCUUCUAUACGUGCUCUCUCACUCCUUAUGGAUGGUUGGAAGCAAAGGUUGGCCUUUGAAGUUGUUGAUGCAAACGGAGGAACUCUUAAAGAAGGCGAUGACAUUUGCGGAGCUUGGAUCAAAUUUUGAAACCGUGUGCAUUGAGAUAAGGAUAUUAUCGAAUGAGUCAGGCAACUGGUCCGACUUGAAGCAUAAUUUCAGUGCCUCUAAGAAAUGCGAAAGUUUUAUCGGCAAAUUUUUGAGCUGUAGAAAAAUCUUGGAUUUUCAUGUUGAAUAUCACGUAGCGAAGUAUGUCUGGGAUGAUAAGUUAUCGGGUAAUCUUGAUGUUUCAGAAGAGCUGAUGUCGUGUUGCCAGGUUAGUCUUGGGACACUGAUUCACUUUUGGAAUUCGUGGAAGAAGAAUGUCGUUGAUGUUCUUGAUUCUCUUGAGUGCCUCGGAGAUGUAGAUUUUGGUGAAUUCAAGGGAGUUGGUGAAUUCUGUCUCAAGUACUUUGGUGUAAGACAGCAGUUGAAUGGUCUCAAUGUUACGUAUUUUCUGUUGCAUCCAGCAGCCGAAUGGUUGAAAAGUAUUCAGAACUUUGUCAUUAGACGGAGCAAACAGAUGGUGUUUGUUGAUGCUCGGCAUUUUAUUUCUGCUGCUCGGACUCAUUGGCGUACUGAGUUACUCGUAGUUGGUCUGAAGGUUCUCGAAACUCUUGUAUCUCUGUAUGGGUUGGCUGCAAAGUCGAUGCCUUUAUUUUGGCAAAGCAUGUGCCUACUAAAUGUGUACGAGAUUGCAAAAUUCUUACGUGAGCCCAAACAUCACGUCUUGAGCAGUUUUGAGUUGAGAAUACAGAAUUUUCUGGCACUGUCGACAAAUUACUUUGAGAAGUUGUUCCCCCUCGAUCCCCGACAGUCGAUGGUGGGAAGUAUGAUUUCUCUAAGGAGAACAAAGCUUUCUUGUGACUUACUUCAAGAAUGUAUUGUUCAAGAUAUUGGCUCCGGUGAUAGUCUUAGCUAUGGACAGAUAGGAAGAACGGUGCUCAUAUGGCUUGCUUCUGGAAAACUUCCCGAGGAUCUGUACGAGAAAGUUGUUGGAAGAAUCCCAUCAGAUGUUCCUUGGAAAUCAUUCAUUGAAAUUCUCGGUUGCAUGAAACAGAGAGGAUGUCCGGAAGAUCUUCAGUCAGGCGAUUCUGUUGGAGGCGAAAUGUUGGAAUUUCAAGAAGUCCUGUCGAGCGACGGUAAUGUUGAAUGUUCUGAAGGAUCUUUAAAUAAUGCAGUGGAAUCUAUGGAGGUUACGUUAUUGCAGAAAUUUUGUGAAGCUUUGCAGGAUACCUUUAGCGCGAACUGGAAGAUAGAAGACGAGAAUCGGAUGAUAUCUGACUGUUUAUCCCCUAGUUGCUUCUUGUAUCUUCUUGAGCGCUUCCUGGUUAUGGUAUCUCAGUAUCGUGGAAUCUUCUUCGCGAUUAAAUCUUCAUUUGUGGAAUGGCUGAUCUCUGAGCAGUUUGAAGUCCGACCAACUUCUAAGCAUGCGAUUAACACACGGCUUUUAGAAGAAUUUUAUAAUUCCGUUCUUGUGCUGGUAAAAUGCUUCCUUUAUGAUGAAGCUGGUACAGUCGAGUGGAUUGCACGAUCGAAAAUCAGUGUUGAUCUGUACUAUAAGCAGAUGGUUUUGAGAUUGGUGCUUAUCCUGUGCUUAAUGUGUAUGAACUGUGAGAAAUACUAUGAUGUUCUUUUCAAAGUGCUCAGUAUCGAUGAUGUUAGGAACCAGCUUCCGAAGGAAAUUUAUGGCAUUCUUCAACGAGGAAUGGAGGAUAAAAUCGUUCAGAUUAAGGAUUUUGGAGAAGCUUUUCAAAAGAGCGGCGAUCCUCUUUUGGUUGUCAACCUUGAUGAGAGUGUUACAGGAGUUGAGUAUUCCAAUGUCGUCUCUGUGCAGCUGGGAACAAACUGCAGCAGAGAAGACAUCCUGAGUUUGUUGCUUCCCGCUGGAACGGGCAAUGAAGUCACAUCUGAUCAAUCGGAGACUUCAGCAAUGCCACUUUCGUCUGUUAAUCAUAUGUCAGAUCAACGAAUGAAUUGGGCCGUGUUUCAGGAAAUAUCAGAUGUCUUGAAGACAUGUGGCGUUGAUGACUCUGCAACUUCUGCAAGCGUCUCGACAGUUAAUCUGAAGAAGGAAGUGAAUGCCAAUGUGAACUACUUAACCGCUGCGAUUAGUCUGUCCUCGGAGAAGAAGUUUUAUGUUGCCGAGGACAUGAUGGAGGAAACGCGUAAUAUGCUUCAGGAGUUGAUACAACUCCAUUCAUUGAUGAAUACGAGCAUUCUGGAAAAGGCUAGCAUUGAACAGCUGCUAAAGAGUUUGCUGUCAAAAAAGCCGAAACUAGAAGCUUUCUUGAAUCAGCUCGUUGUGCCCACGGGUACAACUGUCGUGUUGGAGAACCAAUGCGCGGAGAUACUUGAUGUAGCGUAUGAUGAAGUUGCUACGACGAAUCUUCUUCCGUCUGCCAGCACUUCCGGGACCUCAGGCGGUAACCAGACUGAAAAGAAGAAGGGGAAAGGGAAGAGGAAGGGGAGGUUGAAGAAACAAGGAGGAAAUAGGAAGAAGUAAAAAUGCCAAAGCAUAUGUUAAUAGUGUGCUAUGUUGCUCGGACACUUCAAAAAUGUCAUUGGUUGUGUGUCGGAUCCUUCAGACGUAGUGCAUUUUUUAAGGAUCCGACACGGGUGCGGCCACAUUUAUGGAGAUUCUGAGCAUCUUAGUGUGUAUGAUAAUGUGGAAGAAGUAAAAAUGCCAAACCAUAUUACUUUUUGUGCAUUUUUGUGUUGCGUUAUAUUUUUAGUUUAAAUAUAAUAUCUGUUUUGAUUCUUA